GUUAGAUAAACGUGGCGCAUGAUAUCAUUGGUCGAAGCUAUUCAGAAGCCGUCUUUUUAUUACGCUCUCUCCAGCCAGCAACAGAAGACCACAUCUCGAUCGACACUCGCUUUGCGGAGCUUCACGUCUCGACCGUCGAUUUCUCGGUUUACGAGAUCUCGAUCUGAAUGAUGGUAGGGAAGCGGAUCCCCCUCCAGUUUCUUCUGGUUUUGAUCUCUUGCUUCGCAUUCAAGCUCCGUGCAUCUGAUACACCGUUUUAUGAGUCCUUCGAUGAAUCAUUUGAGGGGCGAUGGAUCGCAUCUGAGAAAGAUGAUUACAAAGGCGUAUGGAAGUACUCAAAGAGUGAGGGUCACGACGAUUAUGGUCUUCUUGUGAGUGAGAAGGCAAAGAAGUAUGCAAUAGUGAAAGAACUUGAGGAGCCUGUGAAUCUCAAGGAUGGAACAGUUGUGCUGCAAUUUGAGACCCGUCUCCAGAAUGGGCUUGAAUGUGGAGGGGCUUAUUUGAAAUACCUUCGACCCCAGGAGGCUGGAUGGAAGCCCAAGGAAUUCGACAAUGAGUCGCCAUACUCUAUCAUGUUUGGACCUGAUAAGUGUGGAUCAACGAACAAAGUCCAUUUCAUCCUCAAGCACAAGAACCCCAAGACCGGGGAGUAUGUUGAGCACCAUCUUAAGUACCCUCCCUCUGUCCCGUCAGACAAGCUGUCUCAUGUGUACACUGCGAUAUUGAAACCCGAUAACGAGUUGCGGAUUUUGAUAGAUGGGGAAGAGAAGAAAAAGACUACUUUUCUCUCUUCCGAUGAUUUUGAGCCUCCACUCAUCCCUGCCAAGACAAUCCCGGAUCCAGAUGAUAAGAAGCCUGAGGACUGGGAUGAGAGGGCUAAGAUUCCGGACUCUGCUGCAGUAAAGCCUGAAGAUUGGGAUGAGGAUGCUCCAAUGGAGAUUGAAGAUGAGGAAGCUGAGAAGCCAGAGGGAUGGCUGGAUGAUGAGCCUGAGGAAAUUGAUGAUCCUGAAGCCACGAAGCCUGAAGAUUGGGAUGAUGAAGAGGAUGGUGAAUGGGAGGCUCCAAAGAUUGAUAACCCGAAGUGUGAGGCAGCCUCUGGCUGUGGGGAGUGGAAGAAGCCAAUGAAGAGAAACCCAGCUUACAAGGGAAAAUGGCAUGCCCCACUGAUUGAUAAUCCUAACUACAAGGGCAUUUGGAAGCCACAACAGAUUCCAAAUCCUGAUCACUUUGAACUUGAGAAGCCUGACUUUGAGCCUAUUGCAGCUAUUGGCAUUGAGAUUUGGACAAUGCAAGAUGGGAUCCUGUUCGACAAUAUUUUGAUAGCAAGUGAUGAGAAGGUUGCUGCAUCAUACAGGGAGACGAAAUGGAAGCCUAAGUUUGAAGUUGAGAAUGAAAAGCAGAAAGCAGAGGAAGCAGCAGCGGCUGCUUCAGAUGGGCUUACAGGCAUCCAGAAGAAGGUAUUUGACGUCCUCUACCGGAUAGCAGACAUAUCCUUCCUGGAAGCUUACAAGAUCAAUAUAAUUGAUGUCAUUGAGAAGGGAGAAAAACAGCCUAAUCUGACAAUUGGCGUUCUCAUCUCUAUUUUGGUGGUGAUCCUAACGAUUUUCUUUAGGAUUCUUUUCGGUGGGAAGAAGCCAGCUGCUGCUGCAAAGGUCAUCAAGGAAACAGAGAAUGCUGCUGCUGCUGCUGCUGCAGAGACUGACAAUCAAGGAAGCAGUGGUGAAAAGGAGGAUGGAAAUGAGAAAGAAGAUGCUGCUGCCCCUCGGCCGCGGAGGUCUAGGCGGGAAACUUGAGUGGGACUUGAAUUUUUGAACUAUGGUAUUCUAGCUGAAUAUGAUCUUUCCCUACUGUUAGAUUUUGAAAAACUGGUAGGAUUUUGGUGUAAAUGAGAUAUUCUGGUUCUCACAAUCUGAUUCUUGUCAGCUUGAAGAGACGGAUUUCCUUGGUGUUCUUCAAUGAUAUCUUCAUGUUUUCAACUAGUGAUGACAUGUAGGGAAUAGCUCCGGGAAAAGCAGUUUCAGAUUAUGCUCUUCUAUUGACAAUGUGAUCAUUUGUCUCCUUGUGCAAUUCAAUACUCACCCACUGCUCUGACAA